AAAAUCCCGAUCUCAAGCCAAAGUAAUGUCUAAUUUUUGACUAAAAAAAAACCCAAAAUCCACUACUUCACCACCAAUUUUGGCUCACUCACUCCCUCUCUCCCGCAAAUUUCGCCAUUUUACUACAACUACUUCUGCUUCUUCUACUGUUUCUUUCUGUUUUUCUACUUAGGACUCUUCCGUCGAUAAUGUCCUAAUAAUACUAACUCAAUUCUAUAUAUAAAAGAAAUUAAUAAUAAAACAGACAGUUAAAAAACAAAAAAAAUGUCCAUCUCUCUCUUCCUCUCAAUCUCACUCUUCUGCCUCUACUAUUCAAUCUCCACCGCCCAAUCUCCGCCGCAGUCCUAUCCCUACGGAAUCUCGUACCACAUAGACUGCGGCGGCUCAACCGAAUUGACGGACCGGUUCAAUACGGCCUGGGAAGCGGACCGGUUUUACACCGGCGGGUCGACUGGACUUGUGUCUGAGCCGCUUCGCUUCGGCCACCCGCAGGAGAAGACGCUCCGUUACUUUCCUCCGUCAUCCGGAAAGAAGAACUGUUACGUCAUCCCUAACCUUCCAAACGGACGUUACUACGUUCGUACAUUCACCGUUUACGAUAACUACGAUGGAAAAUCUCACUCUCCUUCCUUCGAUGCCUCCGUCGAGGGCACCGUUGUCUUCAGCUGGCGCUCGCCGUGGUCGGAGGACCUCGCUCGCUCCGGAGCUUACUCUGAUCUAUUCGUCUUUGUUUCUGACGGCCAAGCUGACGUGUGUUUUUACAGCAUUGCCACUGAUCCGCCGGUAAUCGGCUCACUCGAGCUCGUGCAGGUCGAUCCUUCGUCGUACGAUUCCGGCGAAAUUGGCCAGGGUUAUAUUCUCGUUAACUAUGGCAGGUUGUCUUGCGGUUCGAGCCAGUGGGGUCCCGGGUUCAGCAACGAUACGGACCUGUUUGGACGGUCGUGGCAGUCCGAUUCCGAUUUCCGAAUGUCGGAAUCGGAAAAAUCCGUCAAGCCCGUAAUUACAAAGAACCACAUCGCCGGGACCGAGAUAAGCCCUAAUUACUUCCCUAUGAGACUGUACCAGACAGCGGUGACGGUCGGAGACAAGGAAGUGUUGGAGUACGAGUUGGAGGUGGACGCGAAGCUGGAUUACUUGUUGUGGUUUCAUUUUGCUGAGAUCGACCCGACCGUGAAGAAAGCUGGGGAGAGAGUUUUCGAUAUUUACAUAAACGAGAAGAAGGUGAAGCGAAUUGAUAUAUUCAAAGAAGUUGGGAGCUUCCAUGCGUAUAGUUGGAACUAUACAGUGAAGAAUUUGAGCAGUACGGACCUUAAUGUGAAACUUGAGACGGUGGCGGGUGCGGUUUUGAUAAGCGGGCUAGAGAAUUACGCUCUGGUUCCGGCUGAUCUUGCCACUGUUCCUGAACAAGUGACUGCUAUGAAAGCAUUAAAGGAGUCUCUUAAAAUUCCCGAUAGAAUGGGUUGGAAUGGGGAUCCUUGUGCUCCUACUACCUGGGAUGCUUGGGAGGGAGUUACAUGCCACAAAAACAAGAAUGGAACUGCCCUUGUGAUAUCUCAAAUAGACCUUGGGAGUCAAGGCUUGAAAGGGUCUAUCAGUGAUCAGAUUAGUCUUCUGUCAAACUUGGUAAGCCUGAACUUGAGCUCUAAUUCUUUGGGGGGCACUUUACCAGAUGGGUUAGGUCAAAAAUCUCUCACUCGGCUGGAUUUGUCAGACAAUCACUUCACUGGAUCGAUACCAGGAACCCUAACUUCUUCAUCUCUGCAACUUGUGCUACUGAAUGAUAACUUAUUGGAAGGACGAGUACCAGAGGAAUUAUAUUCUGUUGGUGUGCACGGUGGAGCUAUUGAACAUAUAAUAUAUAUUCUGGGCAGCCUCUCUGGCAACAAAGGGUUAUGUGGAGUGUCUCCUUUAACAGAAUGCCCCUUAUUUUGGGAAAAUGGUGGCCUAUCGUAUAAAGGAAAAAUUGCAGUAGGAGUAUCAAGUGCUUUCGUUUUCUGCAUGCUGUUGUUAGUGGUAUACAUCAUCUGCCUCCGAAGGAGCAGACAUGAUUAUGACUUUGGACUACCUCAAGAUUUGAUGUCAUUAUAUGCCAAGAGAAACAGGUAUCAAAGGCAAAAAUCGCUGAUGAAUCUUGAAAUGGAGAGUCAACACGCCAAGGCACUGCAAUCACCUUCUACUCCUCGCUGACAGAGAAAUAAUCAAUCAUCAUAGCCGUUAUGCAUACUUACUUAGAAAACGUAUGGAAAGGGGAACUUUCAGAAAGCUUGUCUAAAGACGGAAAAAUUGCUUUUGCUUGAUUUUGAUGUGAGAAAGUACCUAGAUAUGCUCCUCUGCUCCAGUCCAGAAGAUUUUGGCUUCUUUCAAACUAAUUAUUCCCCAAUGAGGGCCUCUGGGGCAAUUCAUUUCAUUCUGUCUUCAGGGUGCAAUGUAUCAGAAUAUAUACUUUACUUACUGACCCAACAAAGGCAUCAUCACCACCACCAUCAUCAUCAUCAUCACCACCACCAUCAUCUUCUCUUCUUUCCUCCCCUUCCCUUGCUAUAUAUAUAUAUCCACAUGGCAUUUGUUGAGGAUAUGCUUGUUAGUUAAUGAUUGACAGCUCUAUGCAUGGAAUUGCAACCACACAACACAAUUAUACAGAUUGGUCCUGAAUUCACUUUCUACUGUAGUCAUGAACUUUUUUUAAAAAAAAGAUCAUAUUAAACGCUCAUUCAUUGACCUUAAAACUAGUUUUUAGUACCUUAGCACUGUAUCGUCUAUACUUUUAGUUUUUGUAAUGUAAUAAUUUUCAGAGAGCUCAUUUUUAUUGCCCUCUUGGUUUUCUCUAUAUAAAUCAUAAAUGAUACGAUACGUUCCACUCA